AGCGUUUGACCCUUCACGGCUUACAGAUUUGCAGCACAGUGCAGUUGUGAAACACAUCUCCUACAAUUCCUGUGCUUAAAACAUGGCUGCCACCAGAUACCGUCGAUUUCUAAAGCUGUGCGAGGAAUGGCCAAAGGACGAGUCAAAGAAAGGGCGAGAUUUAGGAACAUUUUUACGCCAAAGAGUCGCUAGUGCUUUCCGAGAAGGCGAGAAUACACAGAUUUCAGAUCCAGAGAAAUGUGAUCAGAUGUUUGAAAGUCUGGCUCGCAUAAACAGUAAUGUGUACAAAGAAAAGUUUCCACGGGCAAAAGAUACUAGUUUUACAGGUGUAACAGUAGAAGAGUGCCGAAUGCUAUUGGCAACAGGAAACAUGCAGCACACAGAUGAGGAGAAGAAAGGAUUGUGGAAGACACUAAUGGAUCGCUUCUCCUCCAAACCUGAAGAUGCAACCCCCGAAAAAGCUGAAAAAUAAUCAUACUGCACAGAUCUUAUUUAUUCCAUUUUGCACUUUUUCAAAUAAAAUAAUAAUGGUGUCUAUCUCAGGCUUUACUUCGAACAACUGUAGCUCUCUUCAUGUUGAUAGAUGAACAGACACUUCCUACAAGUAAAACUGAUGGUAUCUGGAGAGCUGUGUUAAAAGUUGGAGAAAUGUGAUAAUUAAGUACAAUCAGUAUUCAGUUUUACAGAAUAUUACGUUUCAGUUUUAUAGCAUAUUCUUUCUCUUGAAUCCAUAAUGCAAAUAAAUACUUUUUGUAUUUCUCGUAUAACAGUA